GUGCGGUUGAAAUCCAGGCCGCCGGCUAAAAUGGCAGACGUUCUGGAGCUUCUGGAGCUCGAGACUUGUGGGCUCAACCCCAUCACUCGGACGCCCGCCUCAGUGGGGCCCGGCCGCGGUUGUCGCGACACACACAGUGAGGAGGGAGCUCCCCGCGCUGGAGGAAGGGGCACUGGACCAGAGGAAAAUUUCGCACAUCACUGGGCUGCGGGAAAGCAUGGGCGGUGGCAACGGUUUGGAUGCCCCCUCCAUCCCCCCCCAGACGCCGCGAGCUCUCUGGAUGUGGCAAGUCCAAGACGUACGUGCUGGAUGCGGGUUGGCGCGGGAAAACACGCGCGGGCUUUUUGUGUGAUAUGUGCUCCAUCCACCAAGAACCAAAAGUCCCUCCCUGUGCAUGAUAUAAAUCGACUCGGUCAUGGAGGCCCUGGAAACAAGAGUUGGGGUCUCCUUCCCCAUCCGUCAGCGUCCUUCCCUGCUGCCUGUACUUGGUGAUCUCCAGCUCCAUCUAGUCAGGCUCUUCUCCAUUAAUCCGUAAUCUGAGAUAUUCACUCGUGCACAAUCUACCCCUCUGUGCUUCUGAUCUGUCCCUCCUUCCUCGCCCUGUUUGACUCGGUUGUUACUGAACAAACACCCCUCAGUCUCGAGCUCACCGUCACUCAAAAUGGCGUCGCCGACAGAGGGCAAGUCUAACCUCUCCUUCGUCCUCAACAAGACCCAUGACGUCUGCUUCGAGGACCGCCCGGUGCCCGAGCUGGCGACGGAGCACGACGUGCUCGUCGCCGUCAACUACACGGGCAUCUGCGGCUCCGACGUGCACUACUGGCAGCACGGCGCCAUCGGCAACUUCGUCGUCAAGUCGCCCAUGGUGCUCGGCCACGAGUCGGCCGGCACCGUCGUAAAGGUUGGCCCCGCCGUCAAGACCCUCUCGGUCGGCGACCGCGUCGCCCUCGAGCCGGGCUACCCGUGCCGUCGCUGCGCCGCCUGCCUGGGCGGCAAGUACAACCUCUGCCCGGACAUGCGCUUCGCCGCCACCCCGCCCUACGACGGCACCCUCGCCGGCUUCUGGGCCGCGCCCGCCGACUUUUGCUACCGCCUGCCCGAGUCGGUCAGCCUGCAGGAGGGCGCGCUCAUCGAGCCGCUCGCCGUCGGCGUCCACAUCGCCCGCCAGGCGGGCGUGCGGCCCGGCGAGUCCGUCGUCGUCAUGGGCGCGGGGCCCGUGGGCCUGCUGUGCGCCGCCGUCGCGCGCGCCUUUGGCGCCUCGACCGUCGUCAGCGUCGACAUCGUGCCCUCCAAGCUCGAGGUGGCGCGCAAGAUUGCCGCCACCCACACGUACCUGUCGCGGCGCGUGUCGCCCGAAGAGAACGCGCGCGGCAUAAUCGAGGCCGCCGGCUUGGGGGCCAACGGCGGCGCCGACGUGGUCAUCGACGCCAGCGGCGCCGAGCCGUCCAUCCAGGCCAGCCUGCACACGGUCCGCGUGGGCGGCCGCUACGUGCAGGGCGGCAUGGGCCGCGCCGACGUCACCUUCCCCAUCAUGGCGCUGUGCGUCAAGGAGGUGACGGCCAGCGGCUCGUUCCGCUACGGCAGCGGCGACUACAAGCUCGCCAUCGACCUCGUCGCCCAGGGCAAGGUGGACCUCAAGGCCCUCAUCAGCGAGACGGUCGCCUUUGGCCGCGCCGAGGACGCCUUCAACAAGGUGAAGGAGGGCCAGGUCAUCAAGGUCCUGAUCGCGGGCCCCAACGAGGAGAUCAGCAGAGCCCACGCGGCUGGGUCUUCGUGAAUGGAGGAAGGGGAAUUGGGUUGGGUAUUUGCCGGUCAGAUAGUGGCCAUCCGCGUGAUAUCUUUCUAGAGAGAAAAAACAACCGAAUUAUUAUAACCGAGUGGUCGGUUUGUGUGUACAUGCGGGCUCAGCCGCCCAUCCAUCGAAUACCACCGUGACAGGGGUCGAGACGGCAUUGGGCACUUCACCCGGCCGGCUCGCCGCGUCGCUUUUGCCUCGAGCUCGUGCAGCAUCUCGCAGCCGCAAUGGCCUGAUCUGCAAGGAGGGGGAUGGGACUGAACCCGGUCUACUGGCCCGGCAUGCACAUGCAUGGGUGUUGUUGCUACCGGCAGGAAAAGCACGCGCUUCCAUCUUCAUUUCUAUUAAUACCAAUGUGUGCGACAAA